ACCAGAUCAACAGCCUGAACUCUCACCCGAGGAGCUUCCUCGAAUAAGGUUUUUUGCGGAUUUAGGAGGAUUCCCAAUACUGCCCAAAGCUUUCCACGACUCCAUCUGACGAAGGGCUCGCCUAUAGUGCUUGGAAUGCUUGGUAAUCCAGAAACCUGUCUCAUCAUAUUGAUUUCUCAAUUCCCUUCGCCCAAUAGGACUAUUGCCUAUCAACUCUCUUCUGCCUUCAGCACCAAUUUCUCCUUCCUCCAACUGAGACUCACCCAAAACGAACAACUCAUCCUUGGAACUCAUCAUCGCUUCUUUACUACUAUCCUUCUCUACUGAGCUCCUUCCACCCUUCUUCCGUUCAACUUUCUUUACCACUGGUAACUCUUCUGACUCAGCCACACUUAAGACCUCCGGAGGUAAGCUCAAAGCUCUCGAUCUUGCUCUAGACCUAGCCCUUCGACGAGAUCUUGAUCGAACUCUGUUCUUCUUCAUCUCCUCGCGUACAACUGCAGCGACCUGAUCUCCUUGGGGCUCCUCCAAUAGCGACACCUCUUCUACAGCCUUCACCACACUGAUCACCUUUUCCUUCCUCUGAACGUGUUUCCUUUUCAUCAAUGGUUUAUGACAUCUGUUCAUCAAAUGUCCAAACUUCCCACAGUUAAUGCACUUAGGGGGAAGACUCGGGUACUCUAUGUUAAUUCUAACUGAAUUUUCUUGAGUAUCCCUCACUUCAACCACCUCCAGAGGGGUGUGUGCCAGAUCAAUUUCAACCUUAACCUUAGUGUUACCAAAAUGAUACGGGUCAAGACGAGAGUUCUCAGUGUGGAGCGGUUCACCUAUACCACUAGCAACAACACUGAUACCUUUCAGAGAGUAUAACUGCGGAGGAACAUUCUUGAGCACUGCCCACGUUGGAGCAAAAAGAAGUUCUUGCGCAGCCAGAUUCCCAUCAGCGCUCCAUGGGUACACCGAGAAAGCGCAUCUGUCUACUUGCCAGUACCCUACCUGCAAUACCCAUUCUCUGUUUUGGACCGACGAAAUGAAUAUCAAGACACAGGUAUCUGACACCGUACGGACUGUAAUCUUCUCAAAAUUCUCCCAAACCGGGUUUAGGUCAGCGAGAAUCUUAGUUACCGACGGCCUCCGACCAUGGAAAUGCGCAACAAUAUGGUCUUUCCAUAGCUUUGACGUCUCCAGAAGCACAGAUUCCGGCGCCUGAACUACCGGGGUACUGUCGUCCAGGAAGGUUGGAUCUGAGACUUUAUGGAGGUUUCUCAACGAAUACUUUAACCUCGCUGCGUAAGAAGGAACUCUAGACGCCGGAAUCGACUCAGGGACCGACGAACCUUGAAGCUUUACCUCCAACUCGCCGUUCCAUAUCUGAUUUUCGCGGUCUGAAAUUUUCCCCUCUUCAACCCCUCCUGGAUCAAUCGGGGCACUUGACGGAGAAACAGAGACUGGAAUCAUCAUUGUGUGAAGAAACCGACACGAAAUCACUUCUCGAUAGCCGGCGAGAGGUCAACUAACGGCGGUGAACGCACCGGAAACCUAAUCGCCCUUUUUUGCUCUUUUUAGGAGAGAGAAAAAAAUAUUUUUCACCCGUCAGCAGAAAUCACUUUAGUGAAUUCUCAAUUAAUAUAUAGGAGGAUAUUUAUUUUGUAACUGGAAUUUUCAGAGUUAAAAAUGUAUUGAUUAACGGUUUUAUUUUUUUAUUUUUUAUUUUUUUAAAUCCCAUAAUCGAACUUUCUUACUACUAUAACAAAUCCACUGCAUCUUCAUUACAACUAUAACGUCCAAACAAGUCUGUGGUUUUUAUGGGUUUUUAAAUCCAUGAUAUCUAAUUUUUUUUAUUCAUAAUAUCUAAUAUUAUGAUGUGUACGUGUCGUAUAUUCGUAUUUUAAAUUCACACACUAUAUAGUUUCCUAGUCAAAUUUGACACACACACGUUCAUAUCUCAAUAAUAAGUCAAAAGAGAAGACAUCAUGACGCAAAACCCCAAAGUUUAAGUAGAGUGGUUAGGGCAGUUAGAGAAAGAACAACCAUGCUCUUUACUUUGAUUUAUAUUAUCUUGUCCUUAAUUGAGAACUAAAAACCCGCUAUUUCACAUUUUCUACUAAUAAUAUAUUAUUGUCAAUCUAAUCCAAAUUACAUAUAGUUGUGUGAGAGUAUACACGAUAGUUAGUAUAUUUACAUUUUCCUUCUUUCUACGGAAAUUAAAUAUAUGUACGUAGGCAAUGUAAUUCGAAAGAUUAUUAGAGCAUAAUUAUUGAGGGGUUCUUAGACUUGAGUUCUUAGCAGAAUAUAAUAAUCUGUCUCUUAACUUUUAACUAAAAAGUUAAGAACCGGCUCUUAAAUAUCUUAUUUAAUGAUUUUGACAAAUAGUUUGUACUAAAGUCUUUUUACACUUAUAUGUUUUUUUUUUUUGAAUGAAUGUUAAAUUUAUUCAAAAAAGCCUUCUUACAUGGAAUGCAUACUGUUUACUUCAAGAAAAGCUAUACUACUAACCCAUAGCUACUUAGUACUAGGAAAAUUACAUUCUAGUACUAAACCAAUACUGCAUCAAGCCCUCCAUUCCCUUGACCCCAUGUCUACUUAACAAAGUAAUUCUGUUACGAAUCCCCUUGUCGAUCAUCCUUUUCAGAACAGAAAGUGGCAACAACUUGUCACCAUGUCUUAACUUGUUCCUCUCCCUCCAGACCGCAUACCGUACCGCUUGGAAAGCAUAUCGAAUGCAGAACAGACUUUUCUUUUCUCUGUUCAAGUCUGUUAGAAUCUCCAUAAUCUCAGACCAAGAGUUAGUGAAAGAGUUGCACAGAAUACCCUUUACUAGAAACUCCCAAACUUCACCAGUGUAUGAACACUCAAAAAAGAGGUGAUUCCUCGACUCAAAACCCCCUUUACAGAGCACACAAGUAGUAUCAAUACCCUGAUUCCAUUUGGCAAUUCUACCCAAUGUUGACAAGCGAUCAGCUGAUAACCAAGCCAUAAAUACAAAUUUCGGCAUAGCCUGAGAGAACCAGAUACCUCUAUUUUACACUUGUAUGUUAUAGACACAGUCUCUGUCUCAUAUAGUCAUGUCUUAUACGUGAAGUCCCUAUCUCACAUGUAUAAAUAAGACCCAAACCACCUAUCAUUGUUUUGACUACUUGAAAAUCUAAAGCACAAAACAUUUAUGUAAACUAUCUUCCUCAAUGAGAGACUCCUCAACAACAACAUCUACCAAAUCCUCACCGCUAUGGAAACCCUUUGCCUCAAACUGUUGCUCCGUCGAUGACCAAACCGUCUUGGGGAAUUUAAGCCGUUGUCGACCUUCCAAAUCGGAGUUCUCCAAGAACCAUCUCGGACCACUUCCUUCUUUCCGACGACUCUCCUUCGCCGAUCUAAGCCGUUCUUCUUCGGCUAGGAUAAAUGAAGAUCUUGCAGAGGCUCUCGGAGCCGAUUUAGUGGAUUUUCAGAUGUGUGAACUUAAAAUGAUCACGCAGUGUUUCUUUCGGAACUAUCUUCUCGGAGAAGGUGGGUUCGGUAAAGUUUAUAAAGGUUACAUCGAUGAGAAUCUCCGACAAAGUCUCAAGGCUCAGCCUGUUGCUGUCAAGCUACUGGACAUUGAAGGGCUUCAAGGACAUCGUGAAUGGCUUUCUGAAGUCAUACUCCUUGGACAACUAAAGCACCCAAAUCUAGUCAAGCUUAUCGGUUACUGCUGCGAGGAGGAAGAACGAGUCCUUAUCUACGAGUUCAUGUCACGUGGUAGCUUGGAAAAUCACCUCUUCAAGCGGAUAUCAAUAUCGCUUCCUUGGGCUACGCGGCUGAAAAUUGCUGUCGCAGCUGCUAAGGGUUUGGCGUUUUUGCAUGAUUUAGAGGGUCCAAUAAUUUACCGUGAUUUCAAGACUUCUAAUAUACUACUCGAUUCGGAUUUUACCGCGAAACUAUCAGAUUUCGGUUUGGCAACAAUGGGACCAGAAGGAUCCAAAUCUCAUGUCACAACUCGAGUCAUGGGCACCUAUGGUUAUGCUGCUCCUGAAUAUGUGUCAACAGGGCAUUUGACGACAAAGAGUGAUGUAUACAGUUACGGAGUCGUGUUACUCGAGCUCCUAACGGGAAGAAGAGCCACCGAAAAGUCACGGCCGAAAAACCAGCAGAACAUCAUCGACUGGGCAAAGCCUUACCUAACCAGCAGCCGUCGUCUCCGAUGCGUUAUGGACCAGAGGCUCGCUGGUCAAUACUCUGUCAAGGCAGCUAAGGAUACGGCUCUUCUCGCCUUGCAAUGUGUGAGCCCUAACCCUAAAGACCGGCCUAAGAUGCCUGUCGUUGUGGAGGUUCUUGAGAGUCUCAUGCAUCAUAAGGACAUGGCGAUUUCCUCCGGCCACUGGUCACCGUCUCCUAGCUCACAAGGCGGCAAGGUCUCGCAAAAGGUUAGAGGGGAUAAUGGAAACUCUCGAAAAUCAGCUCCGGGUUCACUAAGAUCGUGAAAUCAGGGAUUGAUUAAAUUCGAUAAACGUGUGAUAUGUCUUUUGUGUGUGUGUGUGUGUGUAUUUAUGGAAUGCAUGUGGCUAAACAUAUCUAAGUGUGUGACAUAGUAAUAUCAACAAAAGAAAAAACAUUUUUAAAGGACAAGAAUACGAGUCCUUCCAGUACAAAUUUCAGUUAUGGUUAGCUACUGUAGAUGUCUUAAAUGUCAAAGAACAUUUGAUUUUUGUUUACUUAACAGUUUCUCCAAAAGAAAUUCUAUGACUUCAAAUAUAUAGUUUUUUUUCUUCAAAAAGAAAUUUUAAAACUUCAAAUUUAAAGUUUUAAGAAAUGAAACUUCAAAUUUGAAGUUUCACUACUCAAAUCUCCAAAUUUGAAGUUUCAUAUUUUUAUUUGCAUUUUGGUCAUUACAAUUAAUUACACAUCACAUUUAUGAUUCUUAACUAAUUUCUCAUUAAUCGUUUUAAUCCUUAAAAUUUUUGUAUAUCAUAAAUAUUUCAAAUUUAUUUUUAUAAAUUCAAAUUUUACAUAUAACAUUAAAUAAAAAAUUUUAAAAGAGAUUUAUAAUAUUGUAAAACUAAAACUAGACAACAAGAAUAU